AUGAGUGUCGAGCACGACACCAAGAAGAAGAAAUGGACGUAUGACGAGGACAGUGUGCUCAAUACACUAGGCCUCCAUAACAUGACAACUGUCUCGGCUUGGCAUGACAACAACACCUGGCUCACUACGCAGCCAAUGUCGUGGGCGACAGUCCUGAUCGACCACGUCGCUCACUUGCGUCUAAGUGGAACCAAAUCCGACACGCACGAAAGCGGAACAAACGAAGAAGACCGCAUCGAUCGCGCCUUACUCCUGUACAAUGAAGAUCAUCCGAAGGGCAGCGACUUCGAGAUCUUGAAUUGCUCGAACAUUGUGCGCAGUGUGCCCAAGUGA